AUUAAACUUCUCACAGACUAACGAGACGAUUGGAAGAUUGCUUCACUGAACCCUUUGCAAUUUCUUUCUCCUCCAAAGCCUCAACUCUGUAUCUUCUUGAACAGAAAUUCAUAAAUGCAGUUCAAAAUUUUUGAGUAAUUAGAAAAAAGGGGUAAGGGAAAGGAUGAGUAUAGUUCCAAAGGAGACGAUUGAAGUCACUGCGCAAAGCAUUGGGAUAAACAACUUGUCCCCAGAUGCUGCCCUUGCUCUUGCUCCUGAUGUCGAAUACCGCUUGCGCGAAAUCAUGCAGGAAGCUAUCAAAUGCAUGCGCCAUUCCAAGAGAAAUUUGUUGACAACGGAAGAUGUUGAUAGUGCACUCAGAUUACGGAAUGUUGAGCCAAUUUAUGGCUUUGCCUCUGGGGAUCCUUUGCGGUUCAGAAGAGCACUUGGACACAGGGACUUGUUUUAUGUUGAUGACAAAGAUGUGGAUUUUAAAGAUGUAAUUGAAGCUCCUUUACCAAAAGCACCCUUGGAUUGUUCUGUAGUUUGUCACUGGCUCGCUAUUGAAGGUGUACAACCUGCUAUUCCAGAAAAUGCUCCAGUAGAAGUUAUUAGAGCUCCUUCUGAAACAAAACUGCCAGAGCAAAAAGAAGAUGGACUUCCUGUUGACAUAAGGUUACCCGUUAAACAUGUCCUGUCUAGGGAGCUCCAGUUAUAUUUUGAUAAAAUCACUGAGCUUGUGGUUAGUAGGUCUGACUCGGUCCUUUUCAAGGAAGCUUUAGCAAGUUUGGCAACAGACUCUGGGCUUCAUCCUUUGGUUCCUUAUUUCACAUGCUUCAUUGCAGAUGAGGUUUCUCAUGGUUUGAGCAACUUCCCUCUACUCUUUGCUUUGAUGCGUCUUGUUUGGAGCCUACUUCAAAAUCCUCAUAUACAUAUAGAACCUUAUCUACACCAAUUGAUGCCAUCAGUUGUCACCUGUCUUGUUGCCAAGAGGCUGGGGAAUCGACUUGCAGAUAACCACUGGGAACUUAGAGAUUUUACUGCGACUGUAGUAGCCUCCAUAUGCAAACGGUUUUCCCAUGUCUACAACAAUCUUCAGACACGAUUAACCAAGACUUUGCUCCAUGCAUUUUUGGAUCCUAAACGAGCAAUAACUCAACAUUAUGGUGCUAUUCAAGGAUUAGCUGCACUUGGACCCAAUGUGGUCCGCCUUCUUGUCGUGCCAAACCUGGAGACCUAUCUGAGACUUCUUGAGCCAGAGAUGCUUCUUGAAAAGCAGAAAAAUGAAAUGAAAAGACAUGAAGCAUGGCGUGUUUAUGGGGCGUUGCUGUCUGCUGCAGGUCAAAGCAUAUAUGAUAGGCUGAAGAUGUUUCCAUCCAUGCCAUCACCUCCUGCAAGCACUGUGUGGAAAACGAAUUUCAGGAUCAUACAUUCAUGUUCAGCCAAUAAACGUAGGACACCUGCAGAUCUAUUAGAGGAGCAGCCACCUGCUGAGAAAAUUGGAAAUGAUGGUGCCUUGGUCCCAUUAUCGAACAACUCUUCUGAUAUGGAAACUGACAAGGAUCCCGCUGCUUUAGGCGAUUCCAGUGCAGGCCGAUCAUCUCCUAAAGAUAUUAGGGAGAGUCACUCAGAGAGAAGACAAAAAAGAGAUCAGUUAGAAAAGCGUAUUUUGAGGACACCAGCUUUGCUUAAUCAGGCUUGGAAAGAUGACUUAGAUUCUGGACGUCUUCUCCUGUUAUUGUUUGAAUUAUUUGGAGAAAGCAUUUUUCCCUUUAUCCCAUCGCCUGAAAUGGCAUUCUUUUUGUAAUAUUUGAUUCUUGGGGCUAACUACAUUUCUUUCCUGUAGGACAGUCAUCCAAUGUAAAGAUAAACAUCUGCAGUAAAAUGAGGAAUCAGCUUUUAGACUUUA